AAAAUUGCUGUCAGUUUUGUUUUGACCGCAGUGCAUGUGUGUUUGUGAGAUCUUUUUUGUGUUGACGUUUCUACUUGUCAAACCCUUAAACCGGCCAGCAUGAAAACAUAAGUUGCAAUCCGAGUUAUUAGUACGAUUGUGAACCACUAUUUUUUAAAAUAAACUGUUACACAAGAUUGUUCUUAAGUGUUUGCUAACUUUACAUAGUAGUGUAAUAAAUACUGUUUAUUAAUCCAAAAAAUUAUAAAGACCGGUUGCGAAGGAAUUAAACAUGGAAUGUUCCAUGGAGGAUGCAGUUGACCUGGAAAGUGUCAAAAACGAGAUUGGACCUUCAGAAGAACCUCUGGAAUCAACGACCAUAGAAGAUACCGCCGUCCAAUCAUCUCCCCCAGUAAAUCCAAUCGGCCACCAGGAACUGGCUACAAACGAUGAAUUUAACGAAAUAGCUAUUGAAGAUAAAUUACUCGACACUGCGGAAAUUGGAUCAGACUCGGAAUCUACUCUUCUAGACGAAGCUGUUCUACUAGAAGAAACAAAAACCAACAAUUCAGUAGCUCCGAUGGUAAUGGAAGACAAACAUACCUCUAGUGAUCAUAUAAUUCCCGAGGCAAUGGACCUAGACCGGGAUGUUCCCCAAGAAGAUCACCAAAGCGAAACGAACUCGAUAAAAUCGGACUCGGGAGAUUCUCCCAUCUCCAAGCACACCUCAUACGAACAGGACUAUUUCCAAUCUAUGACGGUUUGCGAAAUCGGUCGUUGCUCUUGGGACAAAGUGGCCAAGCAAAACUACGUUCGCGGGUGUCUUUGGUCACCGGAUGGAACAUGUGUCCUAGCGGCCGUCAACAACGAUGGUAUGCAUGUGUUUGAGCUUCCCUCGGACAUGUACGCUGCACAGGAAGUAUCACCGGAGCGUCCGGUUCAGUUGCUCGAUGCUCCCGUGCACGUGCGAGAAUCAACACUAGUAUACGACUACAAAUGGUACCCGGGGAUGAACAGUGCGAUGCCGGAAACCAGCGUGUGGAUCGCCUCCAGACAGCACGAACCCAUCCAGAUGUGGGAUGCUUACACCGGUAAGAUUCGGUGUUCUUACAAAGGGUAUAACGCGGUGGAUGAAGUGGAAGCAGCUCUCAGUCUCGCCUGGUCCUUGGACGGAGGGAGUAUCUUCGGGGGCUACAAGAAAAGUAUAAAAAUGUUCGACGUAAAAACACCUGGAAGGGAAAUAUCCUCUUUUCCCACCAAAGUAACUGCUUCUUGCAUGACAAUUUGUUCACCACUACCAAAUCUGCUGGUUUUUGGUUCCUGGAGUCGUUCCAUCACGGCCCUCGUAACUAACACCAAUCAAACCAUUCCGGUGGGGAACAACUCGCGCGAAUGUAGUCACAUUGCAGGUGUUACGUUGCUCAAGUUCAUUCCUCGAACGAACCUUUUCGUCUCCGGUGGCCGAAAGGAUUCCAAGCUGAUGAUGUGGGACAUUCGGAAGCUAACUCAGCCGUACCACGUACUCGAGCGGAUCUGUCAAACUAACCAGCGAGUGUAUUUCGACAGUUCACCGUUCGGAGAAUGGAUCAUUACCGGUAAUACAGACGGGACAGUACGUGCCUGGAAUCUGCGGCAGAUCGAUGCUCCCAGUAGAUCAUACCGCCAGUAUAAUUUCCCGUUACAUCGAGACUGCUGCAAUGGAGUUUCGUUUCAUCCAUCCAAACCAAUCAUUGCCACUGCGAGUGGACAGUUCCAUUUCACCUCUCCCGGGUGCAGUGAGGAAAACCUAGACGUCUCAACGCUGGAUGAUGCCACCGUGUUCAACAAAGCGCAAAAUCAGGAAAAUUCAUUAACCUUAUGGUGGGUUGGUGAUGUGGACUUUUCGGAACAGUAAAUUCAACCCUGAGCGGGUAGUGCAUUUUUGUUUUGUUUUCCGUCGUUGAAGAAUUAGUUUAAAAUCUUUCUGAUUUCGUUAAUAUUAGAUGGAUUAAAUAUUCAUAAUAUGUACAA